CUAGUCUGUGAUUGACUUUAGCCUUUUAAUAUUUUUUCAUAGUAUGGCAGAAACGGAAGGUAUAAGGCUCUUCGACCUGAAGUCUGAAAGUGUUGCCAGCACUUCUGUGGAAACAGUGUCUGAAAUAGCAAAAUCAAUUAGUUGUCUAGAGCUUGAGUUAGAAGUGACAAAGAAAGAAGAAUCUUUCAGAGAAGAGACUAUUCACCGGGAAGCGGACAUCCCACAAAUACGUGUGAAUCUAGCUGUUGAUAAUGUACAGUUCCGAUACAUGUCCGAAAUUACCGAGAAGAAGAAGAAGAAAUCGAGGCAAAACAGUGUAGCAGACGUCAUGUUUGAAAACUACCAUGGUUAUGCCACGGUCAUUGCUUACUGUGUUGACUGCGAUGAUAAAGUACACCCAUACUACCUUUAUGGGGACAACUGCAAAGACGGUGUAUAUGUCAAAACCAGCAAACUUGAACAAGAAAAAUCUGUCAUGAUUCAAGGAGUAUAUGUGUGCACACCAAGGAUAGUUGACUACCAAACCCGCAUAGACAGUACUCGGUCAAAAUUGGUUGAGAAUGGAAUCACCGACGUCGAAAAAUGUGACGAGAAGACUGUUGACAAGCAGUGUGUAUAUUUGAAGGUUGUUGUCGUUCUCGGAGAGUCCACAAAGAAAUUAAGUGUGACAACUACAGCAUUGCAGAACAAAAAGAAUCUAAAAGUAAAGGAUGUACAGUCGGAUCAUGCUACGAUUCCUGGACAAAAGAGGACGUCGUUUGAUUGCAGCCAGAAAAAUGAUGUUAAACGAAGACGAAAAUCGAUUGCUAACAACAAAGGCGAUGCCCAACCACGUUUUUUCCAACGGUUUUAUAGUAGACCAGACACGGAGCAACCUUGGGGUAAUUUUAUUGACACAGCAGGGUAUCAAGAAUCAGCGCUGACAUGGAAAGCCCAAGGUGAAGCGCUACAUUCUGUUUGCAUGAUAUGCUACCCUGGUGGAUGUGCUACAGGGUUUAGAGUCGGCACUGGCAAAAAUUACAUAAUGACUGCAGCACACGUCUGUAGAUUCAUUUUACAGUCAGAACGCGGUCGUGUUGGAUGGACAACACGAAACGCACUGAAGAAUCCCGAUGUCUUUGCGGCCUUUGACUAUCUGAAGGAAGGAGAACUUAAAGAGAAGAAAAAGUUCCAUUUUAAGGAGCAGGUUCAUUUCACAAAUGAUGAGUUAGAUACAGCGGUGCUCGAACUUGAAGAACAUCCAGAUGGUACUCCAAUGCCACCGCCACUCAAAUACUUCCAACAGCCGGACUUUACUAAAGAGUUCUUCUUCAUUGGUCAUUCGGAAGGAAAACCUUUGGCAAUAAACAAAGUUGACAAAGUUGUAGAUAUGCAAAGUGACAAUGCUAAACAAGAUAUUAUAAAUAUUAGAAACUUAAGUCUACUACAUACUGUAUCUCAAGAAUAUCCUAAUGGAAGAGGAUACGAACUGGAACCAUAUCACACUUUAGAAAAUCAACAUAGAUAUCUUUUCCAUUGUAAAUUUACGCAAGGCGCAUCCGGAUCGCCAGGUUUGGUUUUUCUGAAUGACGGUCGGAAGGUUGUUGUGAGCAUGUUACUGUGUGGAUAUCCGGUGUGGUAUUAUGAUCCAGAUAUGGAAAAGUUUCGAACCAACUGGUCAAAGGAUUGUCACUGCGUGGAACAAGGCGUUAACCUUUCAUCAGUACAUGCAUUGAUGUCUAAAGAGAAUCCAGAACUUUGUAAUGAUAUAUUUUGUCAAUAAAUAGACACAAGAAAGGACAAAACGAAAGGUGCAACAGCGAGGUCCCCUUAAUGUAUCAUAUGUUUGUCGCAUGCAAAGUCAAAAAUAUUUAUGAAAUAACAAUUGUGUACAAGAGAAGCUUUUGAAUGAUAAGAUAUCUUUCAUUCUAAAGCUUUAGGGAGAUACCAUAAUUCGUAUUAAGACAUAGUUGUCCGUCGGAUCUUGGAAUUAUAUUUCAGUAAACAGUUUAGUAUGAAGAUACAAAAAUUAUUUUUGUUAAUAUUCAAAUGUAAUGGAUAUUUUAUUUCUUAAAUGUUAAUGAAUUGAUAAGUUAUAAACUUAAUUUUAAAUUUUAAAAAUUGCAAAUUUUACGCAUUUUGUAAUAUAUUGAGAGAAUAAACGAUGU